AUGGCGGCACCGCGCGCGGCCGCGACCAUCUUGGUGCUGGCGGAAGCCCCGGGCAAGGCCUUCGAGGUGCUCAUGAUCAAGCGCCACUCAAAGGCCCGGUUCAUGGCCAACACCUACGUCUUCCCAGGAGGCUGCGUGGACGAGGCAGAUCAGGAGUACGCCGCGCGGAUCCGGUCACCGGAGACGCUGGCCGAGUACCGCGUCGCCGCGCUCCGCGAGCUGUGGGAAGAGACAGGCGUGCACUUCGAAUCUGAUGGCAGAGCGGGUGUUGGCUCUUCUUCACCAGAACUAGGCGCGGCGCAACUCGCGCGACUCACACCCUUCGCGCACUGGGUGACGCCGAAGCAGGAGAAGUACCGCUACGACACCCGCUUCUUCCUCGCCCGGGCGACGAACCCCGCAGCAGCCACUCUGCCCGUGAAGGGGGAUCCCAAGGAGGUCGAUGACGUCCGUUGGGUGUCCCCGCAGGACGCUCUCAUGCUCCACGCAUCACAGGAUUCCAACUUCCGUUUACCCCCUCCAACCUUCAUCAUCAUGCAGUCGCUCGUCCUGCCUUCGCAGCCGAAAGGCGCCCUGAACCUCAUCUCCAAGUACGCCGGCCUCUAUGGCAGUGAAGAGGCCCUGCAGGCCAUGCCACGAGUGGAGCCCGUGCUGGAUGUGGGAUCCCAGCCGAUUCGUAUCUACAUGCGCCCGGAGUGGACGCAUCUACCCCCGGGCGUGCACUCUGACGGCCCCGCCGUGGUUCACGUGGGCGAGGGCAUGCCAGAUCUUCCGGCCCACCAGCCUGACGCCCCUGCUGCCAAGCUCUAG